GUGGCGGCCCCGCCGCUUUCGCACGCAGGCACAAACCAAACUACAGCGACUACAGCAGCGCAGAGACAAGCAAGCUCGGUGCUAGUAGCUGCCGUGCACCUGGUAAUCGGAAGCGAGCGGAACUGCACGCUUCUUUUGUUCUUGCGGGCCUCUGAGCGUUCGGUGCGGAACGGACGACGUGUAGUGCACCGUGUCGCCGUUGAUCACGAGAGACUGCACAGCACUGCGGUGAACGCAGCUACGAGGACGCGACAAUGCAGGCAGGAGGCUUAGUUGCGUUUCUGGCCCUGGCCAUAGCGACGUGCAGCUGUGAACCGCUCCGCAAAGGAGGCAGCUCGGAGGAAUUCGAAAGCUGCGAGUCGCACUGCGAGCUGACCUACCCGGCGCACACGUAUCCGAAGCCCGAGCAUCUCGACGCAUGCAAGAAAGGAUGUCGCAACUUCGUCGAGGCCGGCUUCCACGCGGUGACCCACGACAUGAACGCUACGCACGCUGCCUGCUUCAACGCCUGCACAGAGGCCUAUCCAAGCCAGCCUAGCUACUACGCAUGUACCGAAGGAUGCGACGAGCAGUUCAGGCAUGUGAGCAAAAUGUCGGAGCACAAGAAGUCGUCACAUCUUCACCCGCUCAAGCUGCUCAUGCUGGUGCAGAAGAUGUACGAGACGGUGGUGGACCAUGUGUGCCGCAUUAUUCGACGCACGUUUUAUGCCGUUUACGUGCAGAAGGACACUGGCCACCUGAUUGUAGUGCGUGGAGAGCUCACGCCAAUCCGUAUCCUCGAUCCUCAUGCCGGGGACCCUGCAGAAGACAAGUCGGCCAAGCCACUGUCGUCUGCCAAGACUGAGCAGGAGGCGGCUGCUGCCGAGACGUCAUCGACGGUGUCUGCAGCGGCCUCUUCUAGCUGGCUGGACUGCAUCUCUCGCCAGUCGGGCAUCCCCGAGUGGCUGCUUAUGAUGGUCCUGUUCCUCGUCGUGGUGACCAUGGUGUGGUUGUGCUGUGCGACCAUGGUGACCUCGCCCAGCAGCAGCGUGACAUCGUCCACCUCGCCACCACCCGCCUACUCGCACCAUAAAAUGGGUGUCAGCGGAGACCUCGACUACCUGCUCAUCUACGACCCGUCCGAACAGGUCAAGAUCCAGCCGCCUGUUGACCAGGAAGCACCACCGCUGCCAGUCAAGGUCCCUCUGAGCCAGAUCUAAGCUGAGCCGAGGCGAGGCCAAGCAAGCACGACCAUUGCAGUUGCAGCCUCACGCACCUCACUCUUCUUUCCUUCCUCACUACACACUUUCUUCUUUUUUAAAUUCUUUAUCUCUGCUGCGUUAUCACCGGCCGCAGUAGUUUAUCGACUUUGUCUCUGUCGUUUGUGGACAGUUUGCAGAUUGACAAGUUUUGAUUGUUGUAUGGCUUGUUGGGCUUUUGAUAGCCACAUGUGAGAUGGGAGACAAGUAUGUCACCUUUGUAGGAAAGUGCAAUGGCAUUUGUCACCGUGCUUUUCUACUGAUAAGUGAGAUUGUUAGCACAGAGGCAAUGCCUUCUUUGUUUUUUCUCUAUAUAUAACAGAACAUGCAUAUACACAUCAGUCCUUUGUUUUCUUUAACUUCAAAUGCUAUGUUUGAUAACUUUAGACUUGUAAGUGAAAUCCCAUAGUGCAACAGAAACAGUUCUUAAAAUUCUGCUGUCAUCUGUGUUAGGGAUGUUCUCCUUAGGGACUUUCUCUAGCCAUUUAUCAUAGUUCUGCUCUAGUUUUUCAGCAUUGUUAGUUUAUCACAGACAUAUAUAGAAUUCACUCUUCCAUGUUACAGUAAAUCCAAGAUCCUUUUCACCGUCUGCUAAAACAUUGUUUCCCUCCGAGAUCACAAAAUGGAAAUAGAACUGAAACUUGCAUUAACUUGGUUUGAAAGGUAGCUGAAGUGCACGUUUGCAGCAUCGGCUUACUUUACAAUGUUCCAAACUUUCUAAAGCUUGGCACUCGCUUUAUUACAUCCUUCAUCACCAAUUGCUGCUCAAUUGCUUUUCAAAUGUUGCCGCAAUUCAGAUUUUAUAAAAUUUUCUGCGCUGCCAUGAAUGUUUCCUUCAACCAGUAGUGGCCUCUUAUGUAAAACAAAAGGGGGGAACUUGUUAUUUUGGUUGUGUUGUUUUAAUUGCUCUGGUUAGAACCUUGUAGCAUUUUACAUUUGUUAGAACUUUUAACUAAAGUUUGUAAGGGUUUUGUUUACUGAUGAGAUUGGGUGUGACCCAUAGGUUCACCUUUUCUCUCCCCACACACUAGCCAAAGCUGCCAUAUCAGAUUUAGCAGCUUGUUUUGAUUUUAACCCCUCCCUGCCUCCCAAACUACAUGCUGUUGCUGCUUUACACUUUUGAAUGUACAAAAGCUUUAUUGGAAAGCACAGGAGAGAAAAAAAGAAAGAGGCAGCACGUUCUAGGCAGGAUCUAUAGUCUUUAACAUUGAGAAAGCUUAUACAAACUUUGGCUUAGUCUGUUGCUUCUUUGUGUUUUGGCCAAGACCCUGAAGUUAGCCGUGAGCUAGCAGCCGUACACUCUAAUCAGAAUAUGUAGGGCUGCUUUCAUAAACUGUUUAAGGUGGUGCUUUGUCAUGGAACAGAACUCUUGCAGGGCAUGACAGUUUCUCUCUUGAAGCGGCCUGCACUUUCUGCAAAACACCAUCUCUGAAUUAUCGGGUGCGUGGGUAGUGUCCACAAUGUGCUGAGUCGACACACCGAAGUGUACUGCAGUUGUGAUUUCAUGAGUGAUCUGUUUUGUGUGCUGAAUGUAUGCACUGUGAGAACGGCUUGACCGAAGUUGCAGGGUUGUCAAGUGAUGAAUGGUCUCAAGGACCAUGAUGGCACAACCCAUCCGAGGCAAAAGAAUCAGUUGCUUGCUUUGAUACAUAGAACAGGAUGUCUGCAAUAAGUAGUUUCUUUGAAAUGUAUGGACAGUCUGAUCUGUGUUCAAACAUUGCUUUCUCCAUUCACCCCAUUGACAGAAUUAGGUUCCUUCUGCAACGCAUUAGUCAACCUAAGGAACUUGCUUUGCCCCCGUAGAGCUGUUGCACUUGUCUGAGCUCUCUUUCCCGUAUGCGUGCUGACUUCAAUCUUCUAGUCGUUUGAAAUUUUUCCUGGUUCAAGAAGCAAAACAAAAGGAAAGCGGUGGCCUCAUGAUACAAUGUGCAUGUGUUUCAGCGUUCUGUUCCCUUCAGAAGGCUUUUCCCCACUGGAAUAUUUCGAGCAAUUGUAGGUUACCAUGUUGUGAUAUAUAUAUAUAUACACAGAUAGUAGUGUCGAUGCCAGGUUACACAUACUGUGUGUUGUUCUGCUCACGUUUUUGGAGAAGUUUGAUGCUGCUGCUUCUCUUGUGUUCAUGUUUCUGUUUAGCUUUUUUUUUUUUUUAUACUGCACAUUUGUGGGACCUGGGUACACCUAAAAUGAAUGGGAAAGGUUUUAUUGCACAUCACAGGAAGUGAAGUGUGUUUGAAGUUGUCUGCACCCGAAAUGUCAAUACCAUUGAUUUCCAGGAUUUUUCACCUAGUCCAUCCAGCGUACUGUGGGGAAAGCAUUCUCUAUAAGGUAGAUUCACAGGAUGGAUAAAUCUGUGACAAUGUCUGUGAUGCCAUCAUGACAAGUCUGCUGUCAAACACAGAAUUUUCACUUGAAGAAAAAUGCCAGACAGCCUCAAAUGCACAGUGUUACCUUCUGCUUUGUGCCCAAUCAAAGCCUAACAAUGCCCUGGCUUGAGAGUCCACAUGGAGUAUACAAAAGUGUCUAUUCUAUGCUGGAUGGCAUGUCUGAUUUAGUGUAAUUGUGUAGCAAAGCUGUACAAUACUAUGGUGCCGUAUGGCUGAUGGCUGUGCUUUGCUCCACAUCAAAAAGGGAUUACGAAAAUAAGUCUCUCUUUGGAAAGCAAAAUGAAGAAAGCCUAAUUGCUAGAUUCACUAGCCUUUUCUAUACCAAAAUUUCCAUAGCUUACUGUCAAAAUCUGUCAAGGCUUCUAAGCACUACGAGCCAUGGUGGCUGUGUGCAAGAUGUUGAAGCCCCGAUCUGAUGCACCGUCACACGAUACAUGGUCCUGACAUGACUUUUUGCAUAAUGUGAAUCCACCUUAGGAUGCUGGAGCACCACGAGCACACACAAGCACUCAUGCUGUUGCUUUAGGGAUGGUUGCACAGCAGUGUUGGCAUGGACACCAAUUUCAAAAGUGGAACACUGCAGUUGCGUGCAGUCUCGUUUGCUGUGUCACUCUUCUGCUGUCCCGUUGCGUGCAAUUGGCUCACAGUUUUCUAGAACUUGCUGUAUUACGUGAGUAGUGGCCGCCCAGUCCUUUUGCUUUAAAACCAGUUGUCUUUCCGCGCAAGAGCUCACAUGCGUCAAGUGAACAUUUAGCCAUUGAUUCUGUAUAGUCGAGUGUUUUCUUGUUCACAUGCAGUCCUGAAAGGGAGUGCUUGUUUUGCUCCUGCUUUUGUGAGCAGUACAUGUAAGCUUAUUGAUUGGUAAAUAAAAUUGGAUUUGGGUAUUGA